AUGAAAAGAAGACAUAUGCAUGUUGAAUUUAAUUCACCAAAGCAUGAAGAGCCAAGUUCACCUUCAAUUUAACAAUCAGAAAAUGAUGAAGAUUCCACUUUUCCUCUAACAAAGACUAUCAAGAAUAUGCUAUAUGUUUAUGGUGAUUAAAGAAAAUCUGAGGUGCAUAAUCUGGCCCAUCUAUAAAUUUAGGAAUUGAUAUCAGACAUCUUUUCGCCACUAAUUUUACAUGCUCUCUAUUCGCCUGCUCCUAAGCCUUGGGAGCAAAUGGGAUCGGAUAUCAAAUUCGAAUUUCCUCAACCAUUAACUAAAAACAAGAGAAUACUCUAAAAUUAUUUAAAUUGUGUUUUCAAAGAGUUUGUUAGUUUAUUUUAGAAAUUAUCAAGAAUUUCGAAAAGACUAAAGAAACAUGCAUCAGAAGUCAAUUAAGACAAUAAUGUUGAUUAUGAGUAAACAUUAAGAAAUAAAGCUUAAAAGGAAAAGAUUCUGAUCUAUGAGGAAUAGUACUCUUAGCAAGAGGAUUCUGUUUCAAAUUCUUCGAUAAUAUCAGAAUCUCCACACGAGAUUUGGGAGGGUUACAUGAAGGCAAGAGUGGAGAAGAUGCCUUCUUAGGAAUUUGUAAAGUUUAUGGAAUUGAGAUCUCAAACAUUUAUACAUCAUAAGAAAUUUAAGCAAUUCAUAGAUCCGCAUCAAUAUGGGCAGAAUUUUAUCGAAUGUAUAAAUUUGAAAUUCUUAAAUUAUUGUUUAUGUCGAGUCAUCAAACGCAUAAUACAGAAAGUGAUGUAAUCUGAAUAACCGCAAUCGUAAGUGUUCCAGUUGUCUGAAGAUCAUCUUAAGAAGUACGGUUAUCAAAUAAUAGAGACUUAUAAAAUAAGGGCUAAGAAAUACGCAUUGUAAGAUUAGAAGUUGAACUAGAUGGCAUACAAGUUAUUUCUGUAAGAAUUUUGCACCCAAGGUUAUGAUGCUUAUUUCCAAUCGAAAUGGGUUUUAAAGAAAAGUGGGUAAUUGUCUAGCAAUUAGGAAGUGAGAGCUUAGGAAGAAUGGGAGAAGAUGGGUAGCAUUAAGUAGAAAUGGAUUGACAGAGUGAAAGCAGAAAAGCAGGUUAGACAGAAAUUAGUAAAAUAGAAGGAAGUCAUUCCAAACACUCCUUAUUCUAGAAUCCUUCUAUAGAGAGUGGGAAAUAAAUCAUAUGAAUAAGCUAAAAGUGAAUUUUCAACGAUUUUCAAAGAGUGGUUCAUACACUUAGAGACAAUAACGGAAAUUGAUAGCAUAUAUGAUUGA